AACCCUAAUCUCUCAUUUCCUUCUAUAAAACAACACAAAACCAAAAAAAAAAAAACACACACACACACACACAGAGAGACAAAUGGAUUGGUUCUCAUGGAUGUCCAAAACGGACCUAGACCCGACACUGAGCUACGAGUACGGUCUCAUCUUUGCCCGGAACAAACUCCGGCGAGAAGACAUACCCUUCUUCGACCACAAAUUUCUCCGGAGACUUGGCAUUAACGUCGCUAAACACCGGCUCGAGAUUCUCAAGCUUUCUCAGAGAGAAUCUAUCGGCUCCGGCGAUGGUUCUUGCCGGCCUCCGGCGACGGCAAAGCUUGUCUCUGCCGUGAAGAGGACGACGAGUUCCGUCGCCAAACGGCUCGGCAAGUGGCUUUUUCCCGGUGGGUCUGCGGUGGUCAAGCCAUUGAAGGAUAAGCUGCAGCCAUCAAAGCCGCCAACGCAGACGCAGACGCAAACGCAAUUGCAAACGCAGCCGCAGCGGUUGGAGGUGGUGGCCCAUCACCGCCGCGUUGAGCCAUUGAGUGGUGGAGCGUUUUUGGCAGGAAAAAAAUUCAAGGGAGAAAAAGUUGAAAUCCCGGUGGAGAAAUUACCUGUGAUCAAGACUAGGAGAAUAGCGAAAUCUGGACCGUUGGAUGGGAAACAAGGGAUGCAGGAGAAGAUGAAACUGGCGGCCAAACGGAGCAUGAAUCUAUCUGGACCGUUGGAUCGAAGCGUCCAAGAGAGAUUGGUAUUGGCUUACAGAAGUCCGGUGGUUUCUGGACCGUUAGAUGGGAAUCUCAACGAACGGCUGAGAUUAUCUGGGCCGUUGAAUGGAAGAACACCGAGCCCAAGGGUGUACGUUGAGUACAACAAAAGAGAAGAGGAGACAUUAUGGGCUGCUUUGUUUCAGGACUUGAAGCCCACUUAGAUAUUUUAAGUUAUUUUCAUUAUUUAUUUUAUGAUUUUAAACGAUGUGUUUUUUAAUCUAGUCAUUUUAUUUUAAAAAUGAUUAUAUUAUGUUUUUCCAUUUUAAUUUUGUUUAUCGGAUGAAGAUAAUUUACUA